AUGAUCCUUGAUUUUUUUGCAGGAAGUGGAACAACCGCUCAUGCUAUUUUAGAAUUGAAUAAAAAAGACAACGGCAGCCUGCAGUUUAUUUUAGUGGAGCAGAUGGAUUAUGUUGAAAACGUUACCGUCCCGCGUGUAGAAAAAGUAAUGAAAAAAGAAAAUAUUGGCGAUUUUAUCUAUUGCGAGUUGAUGCAAUAUAACCAAGCCUAUAUGGACAAAAUCCAAUCCGCGCAAUCCUCCGAAGCACUCGUAGCCCUCUGGCGAGACAUCGCCGAAAACGCAUUCCUGAACUGGUACGUCAACCCCGAAAUGCCUGAAGAAGCAAUAAGCAAUUUCAUCGCCAUCGGCGACGUAGAAAAACAAAAGCACCUACUCGCUGAACUGCUGGAUAAGAACCAACUCUACGUCAACCUUUCCGAAAUAGAGGACGCGACUCAUGAGCGAUUCCUAUUUCAAGAAUGUACCCUCUAUGCAACCAGAUGCGCGCAAAACGGCACUCGCAUUCCACGCUAA